AUGAAAGAAAAAUCGAUCGCUUUAGGGCACCAAACUGAAGAAGAUCGUCUAAAUCAUGCGGCUAGUAACAACGAAGGCUUUAAAGUGGCUAAAGUGAACUAUAGCCCCGAAGAAAAGAAACUUUUACGAAAAAUCAAUUUGACCACUGCUCCAUUUAUAUUGAUUAUUAUUUUCCUUCAGUUCCUAGACAAGACUGCAUUGAACUUCUCUGCAGUUCUGGGUCUUUUUGACGAUACUGCGAUCACUGAAUCUGAAUUCGGCUGGUUGGGGUCAAUAUUUUUCAUAGGAUAUCUUUUAUUCCAGAUUCCAUGUCAGUACCUAUUGCAGCAGUUGCCUAUUUCAAAAUUUCUGGGUGUGUUUCUGGUGCUGUGGGGUACUGUUACUGCUUGUGAAUCACUCGCACGUAACUUUUCUCAGCUUCUAGGGCUGCGAUUUCUGCAAGGAUUCCUUGAAGGCGCGGCGCACCCUUGUAUACAAUUACUGUUUAGUACCAUUUAUCGACGCAAUGAACAGCUGACAUGGUUUGGAGCACUAGUCGCAACGAACAGUUUCGGAUUUGCCAUUGGCGGAAUCAUAGGCUUCGGAUUCACAAAUAUAGAUGACCUUUACGGUUUAAGUGGAUGGAAAUGGUGUAUGAUUAUUCUGGGAAGCGCCACGGCCACUGUUGGCAUCCUCACCUUUCUUUUCUUACCUGAUACGCCAAAAUCGAAAUGGUAUCGAUUGAAACCGGAGGAAAACGACAUUGUGGAAGAACGAUUGCGUGAUAAUAAAAUGGUCCAUGACACUUGGAUAAAGUGGGAUCAAAUAUUGGAGGCGCUGGGCGAGUUUCGAUUCUACUGCUAUUUUCUGAUUUGCUACCUAAUGAACACGCUGAACGGAUGUAUAACAUUCUUCAGUACACUUAUCAUCAAAAGUAUGGGAUUUUCUAAUGGUUCAUCAGUCCUGUUUAAUAUUCCCGCUGGUUGCUCUUCUGUUAUUAUUACUGUGAUUGCCAUCUAUUUCAGCCAUCGGUUCAACGAAAACGGCUAUGUUGGCGCCAUAUGUUGUUUUGUUCCUUUCAUUGGUUUGCUGCUGCUCAUCUUGCUUCCCACUGGUGGUGUUCUGCUGAUGGGGCUCUGCUUAACUACCGCUGCACCGGUGUAUGCAUUAGCUCUCUCAAUGAUUUCGAAUAAUGUUAUCGGGUCCACGAAAAAGAUAUUCUACAAUGGAGCUUAUUUUGUUGCAUACUGCCUUGGAAAUUUUACUGGGCCACUCAUGAUGCGAUCAGAAGAAGCACCUAGAUACACGAGCAGUCUAAUUGGCUAUAUGAUUGCCGUCAUCAUUUCAGCUCUCUUAUUCCUGUAUCUACGCUGGACAUAUGCACGCGAUAAUCGGUAUCGAUUGCGAUUAAAAAGGGAAGAAAGAAAUUUGUCACCAUCCUCUAGUAGGAUAAUACCAGCACAUCAGCGACCCUCGAUUUCAAACCAAAAUAACAGAGGAAAUCAAGAAGCAGCAGUAGUAGAUCUUACGGAUAGACAAAAUUUGAAUCUUUUGUAUCGCCCAUAACCAGUGCUACUCAGUACAUAUAGUCAUUUCGUACAAUCAAAAAGCCUCCAAGACAUAUGGC